UGAUCUCACGUAAUGUCUUUGGAUAAUCCUAAACAACCUGCCAUUGAACAAAAAGCUUCAUUUAAGUGAAUUAUUCAAUGUUGCCAGGAUGAAUUAUUUGUCAGGAUGAAUUAUUUGUGUCUUGGCCCCACCCGAAAAAAAACUGGGGGCUUUCUGUCAAAAGAAAAUCCGUGUAAUUUGAAACUAAACAAAACAAGUAGCGUGUAUUUUACCUCAUGUUGUAUGAGGUAAUCGAGUUUUUAUUUUGCAUGUAAGUAUAACCCAAAUAGUACAUUUGUUCCAAAUCCAUCCAUGCUAACCAGACAGUUUGACCUCAUGAUGUCGAGCUCGUGACACUUACGAAGGCACAGUUUGACCCAGAAUCCAAAUCCCGCGAGAGCACACCCGAGCGAGAUUUACGCUCGGGGGCAACUGGCGAGACAAAACAAAAGCAGCACACAUUUCAUCCACCUGGCGCUGGUCGUUUUGUUUUUUUCGAAUAUUGUUUGUUUGGCCCUCCCCCGCCCCUGUCCCCCCCCCUUUCCCGAUUUUAUAUCUUUAAUAAAUUGCUCAACAAUGCCGAGCAGCACGUCUCUGCUGGAGGCCGACGAGGGAGAAUCGGAGGUUCCGCCGCCGCCGCCAGUGCACGCGUUCGCCGGUAUGGGCCUCGACGAGCACGCCGGCACCCAAAGCCAGACCGGAGUUGAGCAAUCGGAUGAAAGCUCGGUCUUGUACCACCAUCACCUCAUACCGGCGUCCUGCUUCAACCUCCUCGGCACGGUGCUCGAUCUGAAGCCGCUGCAGCACCGACCGCUUUCGGGAGACGAAGGGAACGUCACGCCCGAGGACGAAGAGCCACAAGUUCCAACCACGUCGGCUAGCCCGUUGCUAUCGCAGGCCCAGCAGUACAUCCCCUCUUCGGGGUCGGGCGGCUCCGCGAUCCCGUCCGCCUUGGAGCAAGUGGAGACCGUGUUGCUGUACAACGGAGACGAGCUGGGGGACGACGCGGGCGUCUACUGCGGAGAGCCCGGCGGCGGCGGCUGCUUCGAAGCCGAAGCGUCGCUCCUGGCUCGCCGGAAAAGUGUCAACACGACCGAGUGCGUGGCCGUGCCGAGUUCCGAGCACGUCGCGGAGAUCGUGGGCCGACAGGGUUGCAAGAUUAAAGCGCUUCGAGCCAAGACCAACACGUACAUCAAGACGCCCGUGAGGGGGGAGCAGCCGGUUUUCGUCGUGACGGGACGCAAGGAAGACGUGUGCAUGGCCAAGCGGGAGAUCCUGUCGGCCGCGGAGCACUUCUCCCUCAUCCGGGCCUCCCGGAACAAAGCGGGCUCUCUGUCGGUCACGUCCGGGCCGGGGAUACCCGCUCUGCCCGGACAGACCACCAUUCAGGUGCGGGUGCCGUAUCGUGUCGUUGGACUGGUUGUGGGUCCUAAAGGGGCAACCAUCAAGCGCAUCCAGCAGCAGACGCACACCUACAUCGUCACGCCGAGCCGGGACAAGGAGCCGGUGUUCGAGGUGACAGGGAUGCCGGAGAACGUGGACCGCGCCCGCGAGGAGAUUGAGGCCCACAUCGCCCUGCGCACGGGCGCCUGCGGCGGCGGCGGCGUGGAGGCGCCAGGCGCGGACAACAACGACUUCCAGUUCAACGGCACGGACGUCAGCUUCGACAACAACGGCGACGCCGGGUGGCUCCACGCGGGCGGGCUCCUCCCGGCCACCUCGGGCGGCGCCCAGCGGGCCGCCGCGAGCGCCGGCGUUCGCAUGUCUUCCACCUACCGCAACGACAGCUCCAGCUCCCUGGGCAGCGGCUCCAGUUCUACCGACUCGUUUUACGGAGGAGGGGGCGGCGCCAACCGCAUGGCCGACUUCAGUCCCACGUGCUCGUUCAACGCCAAUUCCAACAACAACAACAACGGCGACAACCCGGCGGCCAUGAGCUUCUGGUUCGGAGACGGCCUCCCCCCGGCGGGCUCGGAGGAGCCGUCGGCGGGCGGGAGCUGCUCGUCGGGAUUCGAACCCCUGACCGUCUCCACGGGCCAAGUGUCUCACUCUGCCGUGCACAUCUGGAGCCCCUUCGUGGACCACCAAAGUCUUCAGGCCUUCGACACGCGUCCCGCUCAGACGAGUCAGCCCGGGACCCCCCGGCUCUCCCCCACCUUCCCCGGCGCAGACCCCCCGGAGCACCCCCAGGCGCUGCACGUGCGCCGCGGCCCUUUCGGCGGCGCCCACCGCCCGCCCUCCUACUGCUCGGCCUUUUCCUCUUCCUCGGGCGACAGCUCGUCGUCGUCGCCGCCCGAGCACUCCCUCGCCUACGGGGCGGGUCCGGGGCGGCGCCCGGGCCCCGACGCGUGCGUCCGUUGCCUGGACGGCCGGGCCGUGGCCGCCCUGGUCCCCUGCGGCCACACGCUUUUCUGCGCCGAGUGCGCCGGCCAAAUAUGGCAGUGCCCCGACGCCGCCUGCCCCGUGUGCCUGUCGCCUGUCACUCAGGCCCUGCGGCUGCGCAACAUGUGACUGGCGGACCCCCACGCCACCCCCCCCCCCCCCCAACCCUCAAAUGUAGCAACCUGAAAACGUUUUAGCCAUCGUUUUUAAUUUGCAGCCGUCUUACGGACGCCGCCGCUCACUGGAGGGGUGAGCAUGUUUACAAACGACAGGAACCCCAGCCGUAUUGUAUUAACCGGUCGUAUUAUCCAUACACGCAUUACACACUAAAGCAGCACGAAAAUGCCGCUUGUUUUUCUUCAACACUCCACGGGGAGUUUACUUGUUACCUUAGUGGUGCUACUUAUUCCCCCCCCCCCCCCC